AUGGACUACUCCACUGCGCUGCUGGCCGGCGCCGUCGCGGGCACCUCCGUCGACCUCAGUCUCUUUCCCCUCGACACCCUCAAGACCCGCCUGCAGGCCGGCCCGGGCCAGUUCUGGGCCAGCGGCGGCUUCUCGGGCAUCUACCGCGGCGUGGGCAGUGCUGUCGUCGGCUCUGCGCCGGGCGCCGCCCUCUUCUUCGUGACCUACGAGGGCGUCAAACAUGCCGUCGACCGCAGCACAAAAGGCACAAGAGGCGCUGCCUCGCCCUAUACACACAUGCUCGCUGCCUCGCUGGGCGAAAUUGCCGCAUGCGCCGUCCGCGUGCCCACCGAAGUCGUCAAGCAGCGCGCCCAGGCCGGCCAGUUCGCCUCGUCCGCCCUGACGCUGGCGGCCAUCCUGCGCGGACCCAGCGUCUUCCGCAAUCUGUACCGGGGCUGGGGCGCCACCGUGCUGCGCGAGGUCCCCUUCACCGUCGUGCAGUUUCCGCUGUGGGAGGCCAUGAAGGCGUGGCGGCGGCGCAACAAAAACGGCCAGGAGGUGUCGGCCUUUGAGAGCGCCGCGUUUGGCAGUUUGGCCGGCGGCAUUGCAGCGGCCGCCACGACGCCGCUGGAUGUUCUCAAGACGCGCAUCAUGCUCAGCACGGAGCGCCAGUCGCUGGUGCCCCUCGUGCGCAGCAUCAUGGCCGAGCAGGGUGUCGGCGCUUUUUUCGCCGGCCUCGGCCCGCGAGUCACCUGGAUUAGCAUCGGCGGCGCCAUCUUCUUGGGGAGCUACCAGUGGGUGGUCAACUUCGUCGGCGCACGACGCGACGGUGGUGCAGGGGGCGAGCCUGGCGAAAAGACAAGGAUAGACUUAUAG